AUGAUGGGCACCCGCGGGAAGGGAGCUUUGAUCGUCGGCGUGAGGCACAGGAGCGUGAGAGUAGAUGCUGUUAUGGUCGAGAUUGGAAGCAGCAGCAGCACCAGCGGAAUGAGAAGAGUCUUGGAGGUGAUGACGGUGGCUGUUCGGCACCUGAUCGUAAAGGUAGGCUUGGGGUAUAGAAUCGGUAUCGCGGUCGAUGCGGCGGUCGUAGUCGUGAUCGUGAGAAUGUUGGUGCCUGUGGUGAGGCUCGAGAUUGGGGGUUCGAAAGUUGGAGUCUACGUCCUGUAUGUCGGCUUGGAGGCCCGCGUGAAGGGCCAUAUCCAUGUCGUGGUCCAUGGUGGCCUGAGCAUCGGUCAGGCUCGUCGAGCGGAGCGACUGGUCGAGGGACUAUAG